GGGAAAGAGAACAAAUUAAAUGAGGGAGAGGAGGCUAUUGUUCAAAAUGGCGGAUUGUUAGCGUUGGUUAGCGGCAGCGGCGUCGGUUGCGACAGCGACACAGCGAGCCGGCACCACUGGGCGAGCUUUGAAGGGGACGCGCGACGCGCGGGUCAGGGGUCGGGCCUCGCUCCCGCUGCUGCCUCGGCCGAAGGCCUCCGCUGUCGACCCAGGGGCUCCGCUGGACCGGCGGCGGCAUGGCUGCUAACAUGUACCGGGUCGGCGAUUACGUGUUCUUCGAGACGUCGUCCACUGCACCGUACCAGAUCCGGAGGAUCGAGGAACUGGUCAAGACACCCAACGGGAAUGUGGAGGCGAAGGUGAUGUGCUACUACCGGCGCCGGGACAUCUCUGGAUCCCUGGUGACGGACAAACAGCAGAGCGCCUUCGUCGGGGUCCUGGAGGAAGAGCAGGAGCGCGAGGCGGAGCAGCUCACGGAGAAGGAGCGCCACCAGCUGAAGCACCGCGAGCUGUUCCUGUCGCGCCAGGUGGAGACGCUGCCUGCCACCCACAUCCGUGGCAAGUGCUCGGUGACGCUGCUCAACGAGACGGAAGCCCUGCUGUCCUACCUCAACAAGGAGGACUCCUUCUUCUACUCCCUCGUCUACGACCCGACACAGAAGAGCCUGCUCGCGGACCGGGGCGAGAUCCGCGUGGGCUCCCGCUACCAGGCCGAGAUCCAGCCCUGGCUGCCCCCGUCGGAGCGCCGGGACCCUCCGGAGCCCCUGGAGACCCUGGUGUACAGCCCGGACCACGGCCUCGGGGACCGGCAGCUGGACCAGUUCCUGAUAGUGUGCCGGUCGGUGGGCACCUUUGCCCGGGCCCUGGACUGCUCCAGCUCGGUGAAGCAGCCCAGCCUGCACAUGAGCGCCGCGGCGGCCUCCCGGGACGUCACGCUGCUCCACGCCAUGGAGCUGCUGCACCGCACGGGCUACGACCUGGCCCGGGCCGUGGCCAGCCUCGUGCCCCCCGGGGGCCCCGUCCUGUGCCGAGACGAGAUGGAGGAGUGGUCUGCCUCCGAGGCAAACCUCUUUGAGGAGGCCCUCGAGAAGUACGGCAAGGACUUCGCCGACAUCCGACAGGACUUCCUGCCCUGGAAGAGCCUGAAGAACAUAGUGGAGUACUACUACAUGUGGAAGACGACCGACCGCUACGUCCAGCAGAAGCGUGUGAAGGCAGUGGAGGCGGAGAGCAAGCUCAAGCAGGUCUACAUCCCCAACUACAACAACAAGGGGGCCCUCGGGGGCCCCGAGAGCGCCGCAGCGGGGGGACGCCCCUGCGAGAGCUGUUACACGAUGAACUCUGCCCAGUGGUAUGCGUGGGGACCCGCCCACAUGCAGUGCCGCCUGUGCCAGUCCUGCUGGACCUACUGGAAGAAGUUUGGGGGCCUCAAGUACCCGACACGCCUCGAGUCUGUGGACCUGAUGACUUCAUCCGAGCGGUUGGCCCCUGGCACCACGCCUUCCCACCGGCCUCACCGCUGCUCAGUCACCGGAUGUGGGAAGGAGUUCAAGCUGAAGGCGCACCUGGCGCGCCACUGCGCCACGGCGCACGGCCUGGCGCUGCGAGCAGGCAGUCCGCGGCCCGUGGUCAAGACCCGGGCCGCCUUCUACCUCUGCACCACCCGGCUGACCAGGGCGGCCCGGCGCCUGUGCGGGCCCCAGGCGCUCCGGCCCCGCCACGCCGCCCGCAACCCCUUCCUGCCGGUCAACCUGGGCGCCAUCCGGCUCGAGUGCCAGGGCAAGCUGGCGGCGGACGGCACGCCCCCUCCCACGGCGCCCCGGCGGCCCCGCGAGCGUGGCACCGUGGUGGACGUGUCCCACCGGCUGGGCACCCCGAACCUGCCCCGGCCAGAGUGGCUGCACCCGACGCCCCGGGAGCAGAUCCCGGUGCCCGUGCGCCAGGCCUUCCCUCCGAUGCCCCGGAGGGAGGAGUCGGCCCCGGCCCCGCCCCCUCCCCUGGCCCCGCCCCCUCCGAUGCAGCGCAUGGGGGCUAGCCUGCUGCGCAAGCGGCCCUACGAGGGCUCGGCCAACGGGGCGGACAUGGGGCCGAGGCGGCGCCUGCAGCCGCCGCCGCUCAACGGGGGGCGCCCCAAGGUGGCCACCAUCACGCGUCUGGGCGGCCGCAAGCAGAUGAUCUCGUGGGUGGACGCGCCGGACGACCUCUUCUUCCUGGCCACGGAGGCCACCAGGCGCCUGCGGCGACAGCUGAGCACCCCCGAGCUGCGCCGCUGGGCCCGGCGUCCGUGCCGCGCCCGCCACCCGGCCGCGGCCAUGGCCGACCCCAUCGUCAUCCUCGACUGAGCUCCUCCCGGCCACAGGGGCGCCGCACCACGGGGCACCCGAAGGACCGGCCGAAGGCGCCGCACGACUCCAGCACCAGGUUGACCCUGCGUCCCGAGACUGCGUCAGACUCCGCUCCGCGACGCGCUCUGCUUCGCAACGUGGUGCCUGGGGCACGUUUCCGACCGGAGCUUUUACCCCACCCGGAAAAGUGGAUCCUCAGUUUCCGCCUGGGACACCGGGUCACACCGUCGCCCGUCGCAAUUUUGGCAAUGUCGCGGCGGCAACGGCGGUGGGUCGCUUCCUCGGACGCGUGGGCGGGACGGGACGCUAAACGAUCCGGUCGGCGACGCGUUUCGGGCACUGCUGCGACGGCGGCGGACUCACCGGAGGUGCGGCCGGGGGCGGUUUCCCGAACACUGGCCCUGCGUCGCGAUCCGCAAUCCGGAGUUAAGUUGCGCGCGUGGGGCCGGAAAGAAUUUGUCUCACCGUGGCGAAGGCGAGGAAGAAGAGCUGCUCCGCAGAGGCAGACGGCAGGGCCGCCAGCCUCGGCCCCGGACGCCGCUUCGACCGCUCGGCGUACACCUGGGAAGGGGAAUCUCUUGCAUUGUGUGUGUUCUCUUUUUUUUUGGCAUAAACUUGAGGAAAGUUUUUCUAUGUCCCACUGA